AUGGCUAACAGAAAGGGAAAAUACUGCAUGAUGUCGGCCGAAGACGAAGAAAAAAUUAAUUAUUUAAUGCCGGAUAUUGUAUUAGCCGUUGAAGCUUUACAAUUAGCAACGGCCGAUAGAAUCGGUCAAUGCUUAGACGAAUGCGAUAUAAAAGCAACACCGAGUCAAAUAUUAAUGGCGUUAGAAUAUGGUUGUAAACUUGGUCUUAUGGAAGAAAGAACUCGUUAUCGUUUGAAUCCAGAAUUGAUUUGUCGGACAAAUUGUUUUGUUGAAUGUUGCGAACCACCCAUUUCCAAAGGAAAAAAAGAGAAGAUGUGA